CCGGCGCCAGCAGCGACGCCUGGUCGCUCCCGCACAGCACCGAAGCGCACAGCUGAGCAACCUCCUCGCCCCCUUCCUGUCCCCUCGCGCGAGCCUCAGCCACGACCCACCCCUCCUCGUCGCCCAAGAUGCCGCACGCGCUCUGCGACCUGCACCGGCUGGACGCCUCGUCCGCCCUUGCCCUGAUCCGCGGCAACGAGGUCACCUGCGUCGAGUAUGUCGAGGCGCUCCUGGCCCGGAUUGAGCAGCGCGACCCGGUGGUCAAGGCCUGGGCGUUCCUCGAUCGCGAGCACGCCCUUGCUCAAGCUCGUGCACUUGAUGCUCUCCCGCACAACAAGCGCGGCCCCCUCCACGGCCUGCCCGUCGCCGUCAAGGAUGUCAUCUUGACCAAGGACCAGCCGACCCAGUACCGCUCGCAAGCCUACGCCUCCAAGGUCCCAAUCGCCAUGGACGCCGCGCCCGUCAUGACGCUCCGAGCGAGCGGCGCCCUCAUCCUCGGCAAAACAACCACGACCGAGUUCGCCACCUGCCAGCGAGGCCCAGAGACGAGGAACCCGCACGACCCGACCAGGACCGCCGGCGGCUCUUCUUCUGGUUCUGGCGCCGCGGUUGGCGACUUCCAGGUCCCGAUUGCGCUCGGCACUCAGACGGGCGGCUCGACGAUCCGGCCAGGCUCGUUCAACGGCAUCUACGCCUUCAAGCCGACGUGGAACGCCAUCUCUCGCGAGGGCCUCAAGAUCUACUCGCUCACGUGCGACACCCUCGGCCUGUACGCUCGCUCGGUCGCCGACCUCAAGCUCCUCGCCGACGCCUUCCGCCUCGAGGACGACGUCCCUCCUCCUGUCGAGCCGCUCUCGCUCAAGGGCGCCAAGUUCGGCCUUGUCAAGACGCACGUGUGGCCACGCGCCGAGGAGGGCACGAGAGCGGCGUGGGAGAAGGCCAAGACGCUGCUCGUCGAGGAGGGUGCCGAGGUCGAGGAGGUCGACUUGCCCGCCGAGUUCGAGGAGCUGUGGCGCCUCUACGUCCUGUCGGGCGAGGGCCGUUCCGCCUUCCUCGGCGACUACCUCAUGCACGCCGACGUUCUCGACCCGCUCAUCCUCAGCCACGUCCGCAACGAGUCCAAGAUCACACGAGCGCAGCAGCUCGAGGGCUACGACAAGAUUGCCGCGCUUCGGCCCAAGCUGGACGCGAUCGCGAGCCGGUACGAUGCGCUCGUGACGCCAAGCACGGUCGACGAGGCCAUCAAGCUUGUCGAGCCUGACCGCUUCACGGGCGACGCGAGCUUCAACCUCAUGUGGACUAUUCUCCAGGUCCCCGUCUUGAACGUUCCUGGCUUUGCGGGCCCGUCCGGGUGCCCUCUCGGCCUGUCGCUCGUCGCGCCGAGGUACUUUGACCAGCACCUGCUCUGGGUCGGCGAGGCGGUCGGGCGAGUGUGGGGCGAGAAGGGUGGGUGGAAGUCGGCGCUGUAGUAGACUCUGUGCAACGUAUCUGUAUCCGCUGCC